ACUGUUUGCAUUUGCACGACGAAUAUAGAGUUUGUGGUCUGUAGUUACGGUGAUUACCCGAUAUGCAAAGUUAUAAUUCUGUGUGAAGUCAUGGAUUUGGUCAUGCAAAGAUGGAAAAUCUUAAGUAGGCAGUGGCAAGUGGCAUGCAACCAAUAGCAGCGAACAAUGAAGAGUUGAUAGCAGGUUCCGUAGUGUAAUCCACUUAUCGGUAUUGGUAAUAACAAAACAUCAAACAACAAUAAAUUGAUGAAGGUAGCUACCAAAAAUUGUCGUCAUUAGUGUGGUUUGCUUACAUCAGCCUUGAAUGAAUGAAUGAAUGAAUCUUCUCUGUGUCUGGUCACCACCAAGAAAGGACACUGCUAUAAAGGCUAUAACAGUGUUUCUCUUUCUCUGUUCCUCUCAUUUCAUUUGCCUUGUGCGUUUAGUUGUUACAUUCUGAAGGGAAAGCUUGCAAACUUAUUUCUUUAUUUACUCUCCUUUCUCGUCACAUUAGCCCCUUCUUGGUUUUAAAAAUAGCUAAAAAGCAAAGGGCUUUCUCUGAAAAUGUUUCUGAGGGUACCUGCCAUGAACAGGAGUUUGAACAGAGAGAAUCCAGAUAUUUUGAUUAUGAUGAUUGCAGGGAAACAGAAAAGAGAUCAGAUCAGAGAGAGAGAGGGGGAAGAUGGGCCCAGUAAAGCCUGCAACUCAAAUGAGUGCCAUUGCACCAAACACUCCUCCCCUCUCCUUUCUUGUUUGUUUUCACUCUUUUACCUUUCCCUCUUAAUUUUUGGCUUUUUUUUUCAUUUUCCAUUCAACUUCAACACUGGCGCAUCCCCCACUCCCUUUUUGACUUGGACUUUAAACAAACACUUUCUCCCUUUUAAUGGUUUUCUUCUUCAACUUCUUGUCUUAAAUGUGCAAAGACUAGAUAACAUUAUUUGACAAAGGAGGGAAUCUUGAUGGGGUCUAAGAAAAUGAAACUCGUGUUUUGGGGUUGGGAUGCUUGAAGAAGAUGUUUCUGUUCAUGCAAAAGUAGUCAACACAACUUUGGUGUUGCUCUUUUAUUUGGCAUGGUGUAAGCAAGGUUGGAAUGCCUUGGCUUCUUUUCCUUGUUGGUUUUUCUUAUAACAAAUAGCCUUGUUGUUCUUUUACAUUCCUGUAGGUUCACAAUGGAGAAGAUAUCUUGGUAAGGAGUUGUUAAAUAUUAAGAAGAUAUCUGGUUUGACAUGAAAAGUCUCGUGUGAUGGACUACUCUUUUGCAGAUUUAGUCAAGGUCUAUUUUCUACUACUGUGGGAUCAUACCGUUCCUGAAGUAAAGUUUUUCUGGAAGACCACUGCAAAAUCAAGAGCCUCUUGUUACAUUUACUAAUUACUGCUUAUGUUGAUGGAGAGUGAUAUGUACACCGCUGCACUGGGCAUUUCUGGCCGAGAUGCUAGAGUAAUAGAUGAAAUUUCCCAACAUUCCACCUCAAAUCCUCUCGUUCAGUGCUAUUCACUUGACCUUAACAACCAAUCCCACAUCAUAAAUGGAAUUUCAAUGCUUUCUGGAGAGCAAGGUGAACCUAUAAAUAAUGUCCAUGGUGAUGCUUGCUUCAUUAAUCCUUCAAUUAUUGCGGACUCUAGUCCAUUAGUUACAUCACAAGGAAAAACUAUUGUGGGAGAUGCCUCAAGUCCUAUGGAGAACACCGAGUUUCAAGAGCAUUUAGUUGGAGGAAUGUCAAUUACUCCCUCUUCCCUUGUUGCCAUUCUAGCUGCUAGAAUUGGUUUUGAAGAAAAUUUGGAGAACUCAUCAUCAGCCUUGCCUCCCUCCCUCUGCUCAAUAGGGGCACUGGGGGCAUUCUUCAACAAUUUGCAAGGUACUUCAAAUUCAAACCCUUUGUCUGCAACUUUUGAGGACUGUGGUUACAAUGAAGUUCCUGGUAAUUGGAAUGCUAACAAGUUUCCUAAAGCUCCAGAGAUUCAUGGAACUGGGUGUCAGCCUUAUUCUUCUUUAGCAAAUCUUGAUCCAAAUGAAUGGACAUCAUCAAAUCUAGCAAACAUGGCCAAUCAUGCUAACCAUUCCUCUAGCUUUAGUAAGGAACUUUCUCUAAGUCUCGCAACAUCGACAACCACAGGACAAUGCUCAGAGGUAAGUUGCUCUAAUGUGACCCCAUGCAUGAAUGGAACCAUGUCAGGCUUGGAGCAAGCCUUCUGCGGCAGUAGUAGGGAACUUUCUAUGAACUUGGGUGGUGAUAAAUAUGUACAGUUUUCACCAAAAGUACUGGAAUCGAGAUAUCUCAUUGGGAUUCGAGAGAUACUUGCUCAAAUUGCAAGAUAUUCAUUUGAAAAUCUAGAACAGUUAAAUUAUUCAGCUUCUGGUAAUAGAUCAGGUGGAAACAAGUCAAGUUCAGCUUUCCCACCCAAGAGAAGAAUAUUGAUAGAUAACAAUGCAAAUUCUACGUAUGAAGCUCAUGCAGAGCCUCCACUGCAAAGGCAUGCUGCUGAAUCAAAGAAAGCCCAACUCCUGGCACUUCUACAACUGGCGGACAAUCGAUAUAGCCAGUGUUUGGAUGAGAUACAUACUGUUGUAUCCGCUUUCCAUGCUGCUACAGAGCUGGACCCGCAAAUACAUGCACAUUUUGCUCUUCAAACCAUCUCUAUCCUUUACAAGGACCUACGAGAGAGGAUCAGCAAUUAUAUUCUUGCCAUGGGAUCAAAUUUCAACAACUCGUGCUCAGAAGAGAAUGAAUGGUCUGCUGAAACUUCAUUCCUUCAGAAGCAAUGGGCUCUCCAGCAGUUGAAUAGAAAAGAUCAGUUGUGGAGGCCACAAAGAGGCUUGCCAGAAAGAUCAGUCUGGGUUCUACGGGCUUGGAUGUUUCAGAAUUUCCUGCAUCCGUAUCCUAAAGAUGCAGAGAAGCAUUUACUUGCAGUAAAAAGUGGGUUGACGAGAAGCCAGGUAUCCAAUUGGUUUAUAAAUGCUCGUGUUCGUCUGUGGAAACCUAUGAUCGAAGAGAUGUAUGCUGAAAUGAAUAAAAGAAAGGCUUGUCGAAAUGAAGAAGGAAUGCAGAGCAACCACGGAAACAGGAUAAGCAUGAGCAAUCAAAGGUUUAAUCAGUGUCAACUAUAGGUGAACAAAGUCGCAUAACGAUAUCAUGGACCCUUUUCUUUGUUAAAAUAGAAAGAACUGAAGCCAAAGUCUGCGCAUAAUGCUUUUGCAUGGUUGGAGUAUAUUAGUCUGAGGAUGUCCAUGACAAAAAUGGAAUCUCAGAAAAUAACACGGGAUUUAUUUGAAUGUCCAUAAUAACUCGUUCGUUUUAGCUUAAGAUUUCUUUUUAUUUGGAUGCGGUCGUAGAAAUUAGUGUAAGGGUAUAAAUUGUAAGUGCCGGUUAAAUCACUUUGGAAAUUCAUGUAUUAACUGGUUAGUGGUUAUGGAAUGCUGCUAAAACGAUAAUAGCGGUUAAGCUACUUAAGAAGAUAAA